CACCAUUCCAGUAAUAUUCGAACGAAUCAGUUUCCACGCCACGGCCUUGCAACGAGGUUGUCAUUUUGAGAUCCACCGUCCGUCGCGCAGUCCAUCAGCGAGAUGAUGUCCAUCACGAUACCGCGGGUCCUCGACCAUGACCAAAACAACAGCAGCCCCGUUGACGACCGCACUCGAUCGCCCACGUUCUCGAUCUCGUCGCUUCUAAACCCCGUGGCGUUGAAACAACAGCGCGACGCCACCAAAGGGAUGGGCGCGACGGCGUUUGCAAAGGAUUUGACGGGCGCGUAUGGGCUCUUGGACCUUCGACGCGACACACAGUGCUUCCUCUCGAGCUGCACCCGCGAAGCCACCGUCGGGGGCCUCUGCGUCGACCACACGUGCAAGGUGCGGGGGUGCCGCAACUUUUCCAUCCACAACGACAUGUGCCAAUUCCACAGCACCGGUAUCGACGACAACACCGAUAUGGGCGCGCUCACCACCCCGCGCAUGAGGCCUGAUGCGCUCCGCCUGCAUCACCACCACCUGCCGUCGCUCGACGUCACCAGCCCCAUGUGCAAGUCGUCCGCCGCGAUUGCGGCCGCCAGCGCGCUCCUCGCCAACUCGAACUCGUCCAAGACGUACGUGCGCAGUCGGUAUUGCAAGAUCACCGACUGUCAUAAACUGCGCCACAAGAACGGUUUGUGCGUGGCCCAUGGCGGCGGCUGGUACUGCAAGGUCGACGGGUGCACCAAGCAUUCCAAGGCCAAAGGACUGUGUAGUGCCCACGGUGGCAUCCACUACUGUCGUGUGGACGGAUGCACCAAGUACCGAAAAAAGAAGGGCUUGUGCAUCGCACACGGCCGUGGCUUGUUUGGUCGCAGCGACAGUAUCGGGAGCGCCGACGACGAAUAAGUACUCUUCCACCGUACCUCGCAUCACUAUUUAUCCACCCCACCACCCAAGCCUCCCCCGAAUGUGUAUUUAAGCCUGUAAAUAGUUCGUGUAAAUAAACUGACCUCCAAUUGCUCCA